AUGCCAGGAGAAGUCAUAAAGGAACCAAAUCCGCAGCCACAGCCAUCGCAUCUGCCAGACUACCUUGAGAAACUGAGUGUCAAGCUAGAACAUGAAAAUCUAGAUCAAAAGUCUUGCGAUGCGUUGCUCAAGUUUCGCCGAGCGGCUUCCUACAUCGCGGCAGCGAUGAUCUUUUUACAAGAAAAUACGCUUUUGAAGGAAGAUCUGAAAUUUGAUCAUGUCAAGCCUCGCUUGCUGGGUCAUUGGGGAACAUGUCCAGGCCUGAUUCUGGUCUAUUCCCACCUGAACUAUCUUAUCCGAACCAUGGAUCUGGAUAUGCUCUAUGUCGUCGGCCCUGGACACGGUGCGCCGGCAAUGCUAGCCGCACUUUGGCUAGAAGGCUCGUUGGAGAAAUUUUACCCUCAGUAUUCACGAGACAGCAAGGGCCUACACAAUCUCAUUUCAACAUUCAGCACCCCAGCCGGCUUCCCAAGCCACAUCAACGCUGAAACACCCGGCACCAUCCACGAGGGUGGAGAACUGGGAUAUGCUCUAUCAGUAGCAUUUGGUGCAGCCAUGGACAACCCAGACCUCAUUAUCCCCUGUAUUGUGGGCGACGGAGAGGCCGAGACUGGCCCUACGGCUACGUCGUGGCAUGCAAUCAAAUACCUAGACCCGAAGGAAUCAGGCGCCGUUCUGCCAAUCCUACAUGUGAAUGGAUUUAAGAUCAGUGAGCGAACUAUAUUCGGCUGCAUGGAUCACAAGGAGCUUGUUGCUCUUUUCAGUGGCUAUGGAUAUCAAGUUCGCUUUGUGGAGGAUAUCAACGAUAUAGAUACGGAUCUUCAUUGCUCCAUGGUUUGGGCCGUAGAGGAGAUCCAUAAGAUCCAGAAGGCUGCUCGCUCUGGGAAGCCAAUUCUCAAGCCAAGAUGGCCCAUGUUGAUUUUGCGAACUCCCAAGGGCUGGUCUGGACCGAAACAGCUCCACGGUCAAUUCAUUGAGGGCUCAUUCCAUUCUCACCAAGUUCCACUGCCAAAGGCAAAGUCUGACAACGAAGAACUGGGCGUGCUUCAGAAAUGGCUAUCUGGCUACAAGCCACAGGAGCUCUUUACGGAAGAUGGUGGAGUCAUCGACGAGAUUUUAUCUGUGAUCCCAACUGCCGAUGCAAAGAAGCUUGGUCAACGCGUUGAGUCUUACAAUUCUUAUAUUCCUCCAGAUCUGCCAGACUGGAAAAACUUUUGCCGGGAGAAAGGCUCCAGCGAGAGUGCGAUGAAAUUAGUGGGAAGCUUCAUCAACCAGACCUUUAAGCAAAACCCACACAGCGUACGACUGUUCUCACCAGACGAGCUGGAAAGCAACAAGCUCUCUGCUGUCUUUGAUAGCACCAACCGCAAUUUCCAGUGGGAUGAGUUUGCGAAUGCACGAGGUGGUCGUGUCAUUGAAGUUCUCAGUGAACACAUGUGUCAGGGCUUCUUGCAGGGCUAUACUUUGACCGGUCGGAUGGGAAUCUUCCCAUCGUAUGAGAGCUUCCUCGGCAUAAUUCAUACGAUGAUGGUACAAUAUGCCAAGUUCAUCAAAAUGGCACUCGAAACGAAAUGGCACUCAGGCGUGGCCAGCAUCAACUACAUCGAGACCAGCACUUGGACACGUCGGGAACACAACGGCUUUUCCCACCAGAACCCAUCGUUCAUCGGCUCAGUACUAAAGCUCAAGCCCACCGCUGCUCGCGUGUACCUGCCCCCAGACGCAAACACCUUCGUGACGACUGUGCACCACUGCCUCAAAUCUAAGAACUACAUCAACCUGAUGGUAGGCUCCAAGCAGCCAACUCCUGUGUAUCUCACCCCCGAAGAAGCCGAGAUCCACUGUCGCGCCGGAGCAGGCAUCUGGAAGUUCUGCAGCACGGACAAUGGAACAAACCCCGAUGUGGUCCUGGUCGGAAUUGGCGUCGAACUGAUGUUCGAGGUGAUUGCGGCGGCAGCGCUUCUGCGGAAGAUCGCGCCCGACUUGCGAGUCUGCGUGGUUAAUGUGACGGACCUGAUGAUUCUUGAAAAUGAGGGUCUGCACCCGCAUGCCCUGUCCACUGAGGCCUUUGACAGGCUCUUCACUCCUGACAAACCGGUUCACUUUAAUUACCAUGGUUAUCCAACCGAGCUGCAGGGCUUGCUCUUUGGACGGCCUGGUCUGGAUCGCAUUUCCGUCGCUGGCUAUAUUGAGGAGGGUAGUACCACUACUCCUUUCGAUAUGAUGAUUGUCAAUCGUGUCUCGCGUUUCCAUGUUGCCCAGAACGCUCUUCGUGGUGCAGCUAAGGUCAAUGAGAAGGUGCGAGUUUUUCAGCAAGAGCUGCAUGCUCGGCUUGAGCAGGAUAUUGUCGGCAUGCGCAAGUUUAUCAUGGCUAAUCAUCAAGAUCCCGGGGAUAUCUAUGACACCCCAAAAUUCGACUAG